AUGUCUGUAAAUAUGAACGGGAAGACAAAACCAGAUGAAAGAAGGGCGCUUUUGUCGAAAAUAAUAACAAGUAGAAGGUCGUCUUUGGUAUUCUGUCAAGAACUUCCAGAUUGUUUCGAAAAAGACGUGGUUAGAAAAUGUGAUACGUGUGUCUAUGAUUUUGUCCGCACGGGGAAAGAAGCGGCUGUUGUGUGGAGUGAAGCAAAUUUUUAUGGCGAGCCUGUGGAUGUCGCGUUUAAAACAAGAAUCCUUGACACAGUGGUUGCAUCAAAGAACUUUUUUAGCCACGUGAGUGAGAUAACUGCACGAACUGCAGUUGUUAAGGUAACAAGUCAAAGUGAAGCUUGUAGUUUUUUAGCAGUCUCGUGGCACGGGCCUUCAAAAAUGAGACUGGAGAAGAAACGUGAAGUUUUGAAAGCUCUCAUUCUUUUUUUGUCUGAGAUAUGUCUUAAGACGAACGUAUCCUCAAUGAUAAUAGGAGGAGACUUCAACUUAAGCACUUCAGACGAGAAUGGCUUAGAAGAAUUAAAGGUGUACUUUCCAUGGUAUGAGUUGAGCCCUCGAGGUAAACUCGCGAAAAAACGUAAGGGACAAGGACGUCCCUACAUCGCCCACAAGGAUAAUUUUGCCAUUACAACCAUUUCGCCUUCUGUGGGUCGCCCUUUUGUAGACAUGAAAUUGUCGAAAGUGAAGCCCCUUUCAGAGUUUAACUAUGUGAAAGAGGAGGGAAGUGAGAGAGGAAAAGACAUAUUGGACCACGACCCCAUCAUAGGUGUUCUUCAUCUCGGAAAAACUCCUUCAACUUGUAAGUUUUGGCUUUCAUAG